ACUACCACCAUCAAGCCUACUCUACGCGACACCAUCGUCGCUCUCUUCGACUCCAUACGAGUUGAUCCUACAUACCCUGAAUACCGCGACUCAGCUGGGAAGUACUUCGCAGGCGGCAGCAAAACAACAUGGACCGAACCCCUCAAGAAGAAGGUCCUCAUUGUAGACAUCGACACCCGUGUCCCAACUGGCUCAAACGAGAUCCUCAACCCCGACACGCUUGAUUGGGAAUCGCUUGACAUGAGUGGCGGCCAGCUCGUCUCCAACGCAGUCAUGAACCACUACUUGUACGCCCAAAUUCACGGCUACGACUACAGACUCUACUCCGCCCGCUCCAUCCCCGACCACUACAACACUUGGAUCAUGCCGCACGUCUUCCAUGAACUAGUCCCCGAAUACGAUUUCGUCGUCGCCAUGGACGCCGACGUCACAGUAUCCCACCUCGAAGUCCCGCUCGAGUGGAUGUUCAACCGCUGGGGCAUCACACGCAACACUUCCAUGGCGCUUCCCUGGGAUACCGAAGAGUUCCGCGACAACAAAUCCAUUAGCACCGACAGCUACGAUCUGCGCGUCCUCAACACCGGCUUCGUUGUCGCUCAGAAUCUGCCUCUUACUAUGGAUAUGCUCUCUGCUUGGAAGGACUGCACAACCGAAUCUCGCUACUCAGGAUGCGGAAAGUGGAAACAAGAAUGGUCCCACGAGCAGCGCGCAUUCAGCGAGUACAUCCGCCACGACCCGGAGUUCAACGUCUCGUCCGAGACCAUCGUUGGGAUAAGUUGCGAUGAUGCGGUCGGCUGGCCGGGGUUCAAGGAGGAUGUGCAUCGCGAUUAUCCGAUUACGGAGUGCAAUGGCAAUUUCUUGCGGCAUCAUACUUUAAUGAAGAGUAAGACGAAGGAGAGUAGUGCUGGAAGUGUCAUGCAGGCGUUGAGUCAAGUUCUGCAGAAGGCGAUGCUGCAGAAUAAGGAGGAGGAGUGGUAUCAGGAGCCGGAAAUGAAGGAGGAG